UGUGAUACGUCAUCAAACAGUGACGUUACCCCUCGCAACGGCAAUCAAGCGUCUCCUUCAGUCGACGAGCAUCAGUACAGGACUAAACUAGAGCAAAACUCCAGAACUAAAUUAUUGUCACGCUUUAAAAACAAACAGCGAUAAUGCCUAAAAUAAGCUCGGAUACGUUAUGGGACGUUGCUGAAGCGGAAGUGCGCAACAAAGAGAGCAGGACUGAUGAAGAGGAUGCUGAAGAGGACGCACACUUUCCCACACAGAGAACAGUCUUCUUCAUGGGCAGUAAAGCAGGGGGUAAGACAACAAUUUUGCUGCGGUUUCUUGAUAGAGACGAAGCUGCUAAACCUACUCUCGCACUGGAGUACACUUUUGGUAGACGUGCUAGAGGGCAUAACACGCCCAAAGACAUCGCUCACCUGUGGGAACUGGGAGGAGGAAUAUCCUUAUCAGACCUAGUGCAGAUUCCCAUCACUCCUGACAAUGUCAGUUCGUUGUCCGUCGUACUUGUUCUGGAUCUGUCUAAACCCAAUGCUCUGUGGGAGACUAUGGAGAGGCUGCUGGAUUCAGCUCGAAAUCAGGUGGAAAAAGUGUGUGUCUCGCUCCAGAAAACAGGAGAAUCCCGAUUGGGCAAACAAGGAGUCCCGCGAGUCCUCCCCAAAGACUAUCCGGACAGAGAGCUCAUCAGCCCUUUCCCUGUCCCCCUUCUCAUAGUUGGAAGCAAGUUUGACAUCUUUCAGGAUUUUGAUUCAGAGAAGAAAAAGGUGAUUUGUAAGACUCUGCGCUUCGUGGCCCACUUCUACGGAGCCUCAUUAAUCUUCACCAGCAGCAAGUCAGAAGCCACGAUGUCUAAAAGCAGGAGUUUUGUUAAUCAGCUGGCGUUUAGGACCGAAAGACCAAAGUCAGUCUCUACUGACCCCAGCAAACCUCUUGCUAUUCCGGCAGGCUUUGACUCCCUCAAUCAGAUCGGCUCACCUGUAACCUCUGAUGUUGAUAUUGGGACUCUUCAUGCCAAAAAUCCCUUAGAUCUUUGGAAAAAGGUUUUUGAAAGGGUUUUCCCACCUGAGAACACCAAGGAACGCAAGGAACUGAAAGAUCCUGCCAAAGACCCUCAGUACAGCGAGCCCCAUAUAGACUCUAUCAGAGCCCAGAAAGACCAGGAGCUGGAGCAGUAUAAGAGAGAGCAGGCAAAGUCAUGGAAGAGUUUGGCUCUGGAUCCGUAGAUUUCACUCAAAACCCUUCAGAAUAUUACAUCUGUGUUUAUGCAUUGCACUGGACUUCAUUCACUUUCCAGCAUGUACCAUAAAGGACGAAAUGCUUUCAUGUAUAAAAAUUGCAAUGUAAUGCGCAACGGCAGCAUCAGUGUUUAACACUUUUUUUUGUUUAGCGUAUAUCGCUUCUUUGUAGUUCAACACAAUUUGUAUUUUUGUAUAUAUGUAAAUAUUGAAUUAUAUCAGCUGGACACUUCGAAAUUAAACAAAAACCUGUUUUAA